GGGCCGGCUGAGGCGCUGUCGCCAUGCGGAUUGGUGAGGGCCGAAUGGCGGCGGCAGCAGGAUCAUUCUUCAUCCGUAAGAAGAGAGUGGCAGGGGGAGAGGGCAGAGGUCGCAAGAGGAAGGCUGAAGAUGGUGAUGAGAAAGUCCACAACAAGCUUCCUGUGAGGAUGAAUGAAGAGAUUUCCAGUGAUUCUGAAACCGAAAGUGAUAGACCCAAUAAAGAUGCUGAAGUGUUGGAGAUUGAGGAGACAGCACAAGAGAAGAAAUUGCGACUUGCCAAACUCUACCUAGAGCAACUGCAGAAAGAAGAGGAAGAGAAAGCAGAUGAGGAGCAGUUUGAGAGAGACCUGUUUGGAGACAGGUUGGAGGAGGAAGUGCUCGAGCAGAAGGGCAAACUUAAACGACUCCUAGCAAAGAAUUAUCUCCCGCCCGAUGAAUCCGAGAUCCGUCUACUACGGGGUCAUCAGCUUCCAGUCACAUGUCUGGUUCUCUCCCCCGAUGACAAAUACAUAUUCUCAGCAUCCAAAGAUUGUUCCAUAAUAAAGUGGGACGUUACCAGUGGGAAAAAGGUUCACACGAUCCACAGAGGGCACAAGGGUGCUGAAGGUCAGCAAGUGGGCCACACAAUGCACAUCCUGUCCAUGGCAAUCUCCUCCGAUAGCAAGUACUUGGCUACAGGAGACCGAAACAAACUGAUCUUAAUCUGGAAUGCUGCCACGUGUCAACAUCUUUACACGUUCAAAGGACAUAAAGAUGCAGUAUCGGGCCUGUCCUUUCGGAAAGGCACCCAUCAGUUAUACAGUGCCUCACAUGAUCGCUCAGUCAAGGUCUGGAAUGUCGACCAGAACGCCUACGUUGAAACUAUGUUCGGUCACCAGGAUGUUAUUACGGGUCUGGACAGCCUUAGUCGAGAACGGUGUGUCACUGCAGGGGGCCGAGACCGCACAGUCCGAGUCUGGAAGAUUGUUGAAGAAGCACAGCUUGUAUUUCAUGGUCACGAGAGUUCCAUUGACUGCAUACAACUGAUGAAUGAGGAGUACAUGAUUUCUGGAGGUGAUGAUGGCUCCUUGGCCCUUUGGACAGUUACGAAGAAGAAGCCUCUGGUGACGGUCAGGAAAGCUCAUGGUAUCCAUGGCGACCCAGUGAUACAGCAGCCAUAUUGGAUUACCUCCGUGGCAGCAUUGCUGAACAGUGAUUUGAUAGCCUCAGGUUCACAUAAUUCCAAAAUCAGGCUCUGGAAAUGUGGGGAAGGUUUUAAGACAUUGGAGCCACUGUUUGACAUUCCCAUGGUCGGCUUUGUGAACUGUUUGAAGUUUUCCAGCUCAGGAGACUUUUUGGUGGCUGGCAUGGGGCAAGAGCACAGGUUAGGCCGCUGGUGGAGACUAAAAGAAGCCAAGAAUGGAAUCUGUAUUAUCCCUCUGAAAAAAUCAUCACCCAAACAACAGUCUGGGGACAACAAAUAGUUCUGGUGUGCCUGUUGUUAAUAUCUGCAUCUCCAUGAACUCAGUGACUUUGAGAGGCUAUACUUCUGUGAAUAAAAUGACGGUGAAAUCUC